AUGCGCAGUCAAAGCUUCAAGUGCGCGAAAUGCGGUAGCCGCGUCAACGCCGAUACGAAUCUCCUACUCUUGUCCGAUGGGAGUCCCGUCUGUGGCAACUGCUCCUAUCAUUGCAGCGUUUGCAAACAACCCAUCGUCGACGAAGCUAUCAUGACCGGCGACGACUCGUAUCACGCCCAUUGCUUCACUUGUCGCCAAUGCAAACGCGGAAUCAAAGAAUUGGUAUUCGCAAAGACGAGCCAAGGUAUUUACUGCAUGGGAUGUCAUAAUGAACGCGCGGCUCGAAGCCGAAGACAUCACGAAAAGAAGAAACGAGCAAGAGCGAAGCUGGAAGAAGAAGAAAGACGAGAGAUGGCCAACUUGAACGCUGGCCGAACUGGCGUAGAUCCAAGUCCUGAUACCACCCCGACUAACGGCCAAUAUACAGGGACAGAAACAAUACUAGCAGAGCCUACUUCUGGAAGGAAUGGCGCUUCUGGACGAGACCGACUGCCUACCACGCCAGCUUCACGAUCUCAGACUGUACCGGUCCUCGGCGUGGACAGCAUGAUUGCGCCGCCUCAACGAAGCUCAUCGAUGGAAGAGCCAUCCAAAGAGUUUGGGUCUCUCAAUGUUCCUACGAGCAAAUCAGCGAAACGUCGUUCCAUCAACCCUGGUCUGCGUCUGGCAGAUUCCAACGGUCUUGUACCAAACUCAUCCCAGCAGCUCUCUCCUACACAAUCGGACCUUUAUUCUCCAGCUUUCAGCAGCGAAUCUGCGGUCCCAUCUCCUGGCCUGGUAACCACGGGCACUGUCGCUGCACAAGCGCCAUCUCAUAGCGUUUCUUCCACGCUUUCAAAAGAGCUUCCCGAAAAAUCAAGAACUACCGACUGGAACUCAUCUGCACACGAUUCUUACCCACAACUGAAUGGCCAUGCAGUUGAUCCUCCCCAUUCAGCAGGUCUGAAGGAGAGAUCCAGAUCCAACACCCCGGUCCCCAGCAACGUUGAUGCGAGUGGUAGAGCAAGCGACGAAAGUGACAAUGAUGAGGCCCCGCUCGUUCCUCCAAAGGCUACUGUCAACGGAUCAAUCGACGGAGAAACAAAGUCGGCAUUGCCACCCAUCGAGCUCACCUUCCAUGACGACCCAGAGUUCAGCAGCCUUCUUACUUCAUUUGGCGGGGACGCUAAUCCUCCGCCUCUGACUCUACGAGAUCCUGCUGGUAGUCGGCGAAGCAUGCAAGCACUUGCAAAUGUUGCCUUGAGAAUCAGUGAUGAUCCAGUUAUACCCGAUGCCCGAAGCUCUAGCGCGACUAUCGUUCCAGAAAUCAUGGCAGAAGAUGCUAAGGAUAACCAUUCCCAGCCAGUGGAGUUUCCAGAACCACCAAAGACCUCGUUUGAUGGAGCCAGAUAUUCUUCUGAAACCUCUCGGACAACCAGAAGCUCCUCGGAAUCACGAAACGCUGCGAGUUCUACGGCUCAUUCGACUCGUCCAACAGGUCCGCGACAGCGACUGGAUUCUAACAACUCUGUCGCCUCGAGUGUUAAUCGCCCGAUGCCACAGCGUGCUGAUACCGGCGAUCUAGUUGCUAGGACAUUGAAGGAAGCACUGAAAGAUGCAAAUGAACGAGGAGCAAAUGCCGUCAAACUGGACAAGGAUUUCAUCGAAGCCAUAAUUCGCGCGCUGCAAGGCAGUCAAACGAGGUUUGCAGACAUGAAAGGUCGACUUGACAGCAUGAAGCGUGUCAGUCAGCGAAUGUUCGAUGGUCUUUCGGUUGCUCAGGAAGAAUACGACCAAGAAGUAGCUCUCAGACGGGAUGCGGAGGCAGAGGUCACUCGACUACGGCUGCAAUUGUCUGCACAAAAUGCUCAGCUAACUGCUCUUACCGCAGACCAGCGGAAGCAGGAGUUGAUGCAGAAGAUGUCCAGGGACAUGAGCGAGAAUCUUCAUGGGCUGGAAAAGCAUCUCUCUCAACUCAAGGUUGAACGCGACCUCACCCUGGCGGAGAUGGAAGAACUGUCACAGACGAAAGGAAAGCAGGAUCCCUCUGAGGCAACGAGUUUGUCACGCUCGCUGACGAGCAGGUUCGAUAACCUCAAAGUCAAGUAUCGACGUGACUUGGAGCCACUGAUAGCGGAGCGGGAAGCACUCGAGCGGGAGAUUAACGAACUCAAGCAAGCCAAGGAGCUUUGCCUAGAGGAGACGACCUCUCUUACAUCAAGAAAUGAAGAGCUAUCAGAACUCAAUAUGGCAAUGACUCGGCAGCUGGAGAAUCUUCAAACCACUAUUAAAGCGCGUUCUGCGGACCGCAAGGCGAGCAAACCAACUCCUCUACCAACGUUGCCUUCUGGUACUCCGCAAAUUACGCCGGUUUCGUCGACCUCAACUACUUCGUCAGCUGCAUCCUUGACAUCCACUUCUACCUAUGUCGAAGAAGAGCGGAAAGGAGCCAAGUCGGAUUCCGAGGCCAGUAAUACCCUUCGCAAGUUUCCCUGGUUCAAAGGAAAGGAUCCCAAUUCUAUCGGACGAGAUAUCGCCUCGCAGCUUUCAAAAUUACAGCAGUCAUUGCCUGGGCCACCGCUCCCCGAGAAAACAAAACCUGUUGUGCGACACAACUUUCAGCAACAAAGUGUCCUGCGGUUCGCGCGUUGCGAUUACUGCGGCGACAAAAUGUGGGGAACGCAGCUCCGAUGCGCUAACUGCUCGACUGCAUGUCAUACACGCUGCUUAGCGUUGAUCAAUACUCCUUGCCGUGAAGCGUCCGCACCGGCUCAGGAAGAAAAGGAUGUAGUUGACAUAUCCCCACCACCCCCUUCUAUGUUUGGAAGAAGCUUGAUCGAGCAAACGCAGUCAGAUGCCAACGCAUCCAAGUCUGACAAUCGCUUCGUCCCAGUCAUCGUCGAGAAAUGCAUUCAAGCUGUAGAAACUCGCGGUUUGGAGUACGAGGGUAUCUAUCGCAAGACAGGCGGAGCCGGGCAGUCCAAAGCCAUCACACAAGCCUUUGAGCGAGGCGAUUACGAUGCGAUUGAUCUGCUUGACCCCGACAACUUUACGGAUAUUUCGAGUGUGACUUCUGUCCUCAAGAAUUAUUUCCGUUCACUGCCGAACCCGCUCCUUACGUUUGAGCUCCAUGAUGCUUUCAUCCAAGCUGCCACGUACCGGGAUGCCGCUUCCAAAUCUAGUGCACUUCAAGCUGUUCUCGAACAACUACCAAACGAGCAUUUCCACACCCUGCGCCUACUGAUGCUUCAUCUUCACGGAGUGAUGGAGUAUUCGCACAUCAAUCUUAUGAGUGCGCGAAAUCUUGGGGUAGUCUUUGGACCGACGUUGAUGCGAUCCGCAGAUAGCUCGAAAGAGUUUGCAGACAUGGCAGGCAAGGCAUUGUGUAUCGAAUGGCUUGUCGAGAAUGCACAAACCUGGGCCAACAGCAGACCGCGUUGA